AUGAGUCCAUACAACUGGUUCGACCUGCCCACGGAGAUCCGCUUCAGGAUUUUGGAUCUGUUGGCUAACACACCAGCAGACAAGACCAAGCGCAGGGCGUGGCCCAGCGUCUGCUGGGACUGGCGCCAUUUCUUCGAGGAUCGCAACUUCUCGAGUCUGAUGCUCCGGUCCUAUACAGAUAUCCACACGUUCUCCGACUACGUCACCGAUCACCUCUGCGAGAAGGUCAAGCACAUCAGACUGCACGUACCCCUCCAGGUCUACACCUGUAGAGAGUGCGAUAGCCCAGAGAACCAUCGCCAGAUCAAAGCCAACAACGCAGCCUUCACUGGGCGACUUCUACUUCUGCUGAACAAGCUCGCUGUGUGGCAGCCUGGAGGCGGAGCGCUCACGCUCGAGAUCAGUGCCGCCUCAGCCAGCGAUACGGCGCACAUCCUGGACGACGCCCCGGUAACAAGACAGCGAGGGCUCUGUAGGGUUUCUUGGGGAGUGCGUAUACGCAAGUACCACGACCCAGGCGUCCAUCUAGCCAAGAGACGGCUUCUCGGGAACCUUCUCGACAUCGACACGAGCAUCGACCCCAGAAGCCGCGGCGCUGAUUUGCGGUUCAACCAACUCCAGGUACCGGUCGUCACACAUUUCAUCGUCAGCCGCGAGUCGCGUCGGAGUCUUUCUGCAGAGGCGAUAGAUACCGUCUUCAGUUGUCUUCCGAGACUGCGAGAGGUCGUUUUUGAGCCUUGGCGCGGUAUAACGACAAUGGACAGAGGGGAGCGUAACCGGGCGACUCGUCACCUGCUCAGACGCUUGCCGAAGACGGUAAGCAGCGUUUCGUUCCAGGAAGCGCGGGCGGAAUACUUGAACGACAACGUCGUCGCUGGUGAUGACCCGCGUCUUACGUCCGCUUGGGACGCCCCCCGUCGGUUCAAGCAAUCUUCCAUGCACGAUCUCAUACUGGCGCAGUGCCGCAGAGACUCCAGCCUAGCCCUCGACGCCGUCGCAGCCUGCAACCAACUACAGUCCUUCAGCGCAUCUUCGCCCAUCGACGCGUUAGACAUCCUCCGCGGCUUCGCCGCCACCUCUCUGGGCAGGUACAACCCUCGCACGCGGCCGUUCCUCACGACGUGGCCGUUUCUCACGAUGAUCAACUUGAGGACCCCACGGGUGCUUGAACCCCAGCUGGGAAACGAGCUCCUCCUCGCAGCUGGGGGAGCGGCUGCCCAGAUGCCCCAGCUGAGGCUUAUGGAGCUUUGGGAUGCGCGAGAGACUAUCGGGACCGUGCUGCGCUACGAGGUGUGCGAUGUGCACACGGCACUAGAGCUGGAGACGACGAUAGACAGCUUCACUAUUGGUCUGGAUGCUCUGGAGGUUUGGAGGGCAAUGGUACGGGACCGGCAUGGACGAGAAAUGAAGGACAACACGACGGUUCUGGGUCAAGAUGUCGUCAAGAGGUUGAGUUGUUUUCGUACGCGUCUCCGGCUGCGUGAGUCAGCCUUGGCUAGAGACUGGGACAUACUCGAUGUGUAUGAAACUGCCUGA